GAGGCUACACGCCAUCAAUCUUCAAACUUGCUCAUUCGCUACCAAUUCAAACGUCUCUUUUCGCAGCUCUUUUGAACCAAAACCUAAAGAAGAAUGGGAAAGCCGAAACCCAAAACCAAAGCCAAAGAACCAGAGCAGUCUCCCCAAAGCGACGCCGUUCCGUCCUCGUCGGGUAUUUUCAAGAACCUAUUCGGCGAAGCCACGGAUGACCAAAACGCUGCCUUUUCCAUUUUCUCUGAAAGCAACCCCUAUAGGAGAAAGCCUCAAGAAUCAUUCGGGUUUGCUCCGGCUGAGUCUCUCAGAAUCCCCAACGACGUCGUCUCUGAAAACCCUAAUCUUGACGGUGAGCCGAAGAAGAAAAGGGAUAGGGGCAAGCAGAAAAAUCCUAAACCUAAUCUUGAUUCGGAUACGAUCGCUGAAGCUUCGGAGGCACCAUUGGGGGAGAAGAAAGCAAAGAAAGAGAAACCCAAAAAACCUAAUGUUGGAGCCGAAUCUAACGGUGCGUUUAAGGACGACAAGGGUAGAAACCCUAAUUUAGGUUCUGGGUCCAAUGGGGCAUUGAAGAAAGACGAAGGGAAAGGCUGUAAAUUGGGUCCCAAAUCGAACGGAGAGAACCCUAUUUUGGGUGCGAAGAAGAGGAAGAGAGAUGAGCUUGAGAGAGAAUACGAGGAGAAGAAGUACGGCGUGGCGGCGGAAGAGGAAGAGGAGAGAGAGAAGAAGAAACUUGUCGGGGAGAAGAGGAAAACAGUGGAUAAUGUGCAGGAUUUGGUGGUUUCGCCGGAAGGUUACGACGACGAGAGCAAGCUUUUGAGGACUGUGUUUGUUGGGAACUUGCCGCUGAAGUUGAAGAAGAAGGCUCUUGUUAAGGAGUUCAAACAAUUUGGGGAGGUGGAGUCUGUGAGGAUCCGCUCCGUUCCCAUCUUGGAUACAAAAAGGCCGAGAAAGGAAGCGAUCAUUACAAAGCAAAUCAAUGAAACUGCUGACAGUGUUCAUGCUUACAUUGUUUUUAAAACUGAGGAAUCCACUAAGGCUUCUCUGUCCCAUAACAUGGCUGUGGUUGGAGGAAAUCACAUCCGUGUUGACAGGGCAUGCCCACCUCGUAAGAAGUUGAAAGGGGAAAAUGAUUCACUUUAUGAUAACAAGAGAACUGUUUUUGUGGGUAACCUCCCAUAUGAUGUUAAGGAUGAAGAACUUUAUCGGUUGUUUUCUAGUAUCGACAAUGUGGGAUCCUCCAUUGAAGCAAUUCGGGUCAUUAGACAUCCUCAUAUGCAUCUUGGAAAGGGUAUUGCCUAUAUUUUGCUUAAAACAAGGGAAGCUGCAAAUUUGGUUGUUAAGAAACGGAACUUGAAGCUUCGAGACCGAGAGCUGAGGGUCUUCCAUGCAUCAAGAGAUUCCACCCCAUCUAAGAGAUCACAUCCAUCAUCUGCUCAGGCCGCCAAUUCUCCUGCCAAGAGGCUGGCAGUGGAUCCUAGGACUCCAAAUAUGAAGACUCCCGUGUCCUACCAGGGCUUGCGUGCAAGCAAAUCUGGUGUCCAAAAGAAAGUUCAUCAGGUGAAAAGAAAGUUCGUCAGGCAAGGCGGUUUGAAUUCAAAGUCUCAGAAAGGGGAGAAGCCGAAAGAACGGCAGGGGAAAAGACCAGCGGUUGCUGCCAGGAAGGCAAAAGAGCUCAAGGAUGGUGGUGCUUCAGGACGACCAGGGAUAAAACGCAAGCUAGAUAGCCAAACUCCGGACAGCUUCCAGCGGAACAAGAAGGUCAAGAAAUUUAAGUAGGAAUACGAAAAUAGUUGCUCUUGAGUCUUAAUGUUGGGAGGAUUAAGACAUGGGUGUAUCAACUCCAUUACACCCUGCUCGGGUGUAUUAACUAUUUGGAAAUUCUUUUUAUUAAAUUCGAAAGGAAAAGUCGCUAGAAUCACCAAAAUAUUUGAAUAA